AACAAAAAUAACAGAGAUGACGUGACUCUGGAUUUGAGCGCAACAUUGAUAACUUCAAAAACCUUCUUUCGUUCAUCCCAAAAUGUCGAUAUGUCGUUUAAGAACUGCUACUCUAAAUUAAUUUAGAUUAAUUUCCUUCACAAGUCAUGAUAUAUGUAUUGUAAAUGUACUGUGACUAUACAACUGCCCCAUUAUCGGACAUAUUCGUUUUAUGCUACGCUCAACCGUUGUUCCCACAGUGGAAUCGGGGGCCAAUUUAAACGACGUACAAUAUUACGUCACUUCCGUAAACAGGGAUAUUUAGCAUCUAGCUAUUUAAUUGGUUUCUACUUGUUAAAUUACACGCAGCAUGUACACGACAAAGAUACGCGAGAUAAAAACAAGGAAAGCGGGGUUUUAUUUUUUAAUCGCGAGUUGCUGUAGUCUGGGUUUGUCAGGUUGACGUCUCCGCGUUGCCUCCUCAUCCUCCUCCUCCAGCCCUGCGUCGUGCCGUGCCGGCCGGGCCGUGCUGUGAAUGUGACGGGGGUGGGAGGCGAGUUGUUUGGGGAUGGUGGGCUUGGGUAUCGCGUCUCUAGGCUCGGCUCCUGCACAUCCUGCUAGCAUACUGUCACCCGCCCGCAUCCAGUAUCGAUUGUUGCCAAGAAGAAUGAAAAAAUAGCGAUUAUCGUCGCGGCAACUUCUUACGUUGGUAAAUAAGUGGGAUUCAUAACUGCUGUUGUCAUCGCUGCAGUGAGGAGAUUUUUUUCCUGAGCUUUUCUUGGUAAACAUAAGGCCUGUCAGUUGAUCGGUUCCACGGGUUUAUGUGGGGGAUUAUUGUGAAAAGAUGAUCUAAACACGACAAUAGACAUCUUAACUCAUGUGUUCGUUAUCAGCCAGAGACAAGGCGCGUGUGGGUUCUCUUGGUGCACAUCGUGUGUUUGUGUUGAGAUGUUAAAGCUAGCUUUAGCAGCAACAGCUUGGCAUCUGUAUCGCUACAAUUUUGUUACACUGCCAUGUUAAAUUAGCACACGUCCCCUCCGAUGAGAGUGAGUAGCUAUGGCCGAACAAGACGUUUGUCCUCAUCUGGAUUCCAUAGGAGAGGUAACCAAGGAGGACCUCCUCCAAAAAUCCAAGGGAACUUGCCAGUCUUGCGGAGCUGGGGGCCCGAACCUGUGGGCCUGUCUGCAGAGUGACUGCCCAUAUGUUGGUUGUGGAGAGUCCUUCUCCGAUCACAGCACGCUGCAUGCACAGGCUGAGAAGCACAACCUGACUGUGAACCUGACGACGUUCAGGAUCUGGUGUUAUGUGUGUGAGCGGGAGGUGUUUUUGGAGCACAGGCCUGCUCUGCUGCCGGUACCUGCAGCUCCCCACCACUGUAAAGCCACGGAGCAGGAAGCAGCUCCUCAGCCAGUAAGUCACCCACUAAAAGCAGUGCCAAUUGCUGUGGCAGAAGAAGAAGGUUCAGAGUCAGAGGAUGAUGACCUUAAACCCAGAGGCUUGACAGGAAUGAAAAAUAUUGGGAACUCCUGCUACAUGAAUGCGGCUCUUCAAGCCCUGUCCAACUGUCCUCCUCUCACUCAGUUCUUCCUGGACUGCAGUGGAUUGGUCCGCACCGAUAAGAAGCCUGCUCUCUGCAAGAGCUACCAGAAACUCGUCUCAGAACUCUGGCAUAAAAAACGGCCCAGCUAUGUCGUGCCUACCAGUGUGUCUCAUGGCAUCAAACUAGUAAACCCCAUGUUUCGUGGUUACGCUCAGCAGGUAGGGGCAAGCAGCCAGCAGGACACCCAGGAGUUCCUGCGCUGUCUGAUGGACCAGUUACACGAAGAGCUGAAGGAGCCUCUGACAGAGUGCAGCAUGAGCAGGGAGGGAAGUGACGGCGAGGAGAUAAGAGACGGAGAGCGCUCGCCGUCUGAGGAUGAUUUCCUGUCCUGUGACUCUGGCUCCAGCAGUGACCGUGGGGAGGGAGGGGCAGCGGGUGACGGCGAGCUGCUCCUGCAGGAUGUGUGUGACGGGGUCAGGUCACUGGCGGGAGGGAUAGUGGGCAUCGGUACCGGUGGGGUGAUCUCAGAGAAGGAGAAGCUGAAGGAAAGGAGGGUAUCUGGCUCACCCCUCCAUGGAGGCUCGCAAGAGAUGGAUGAGGACGCUGAUGUAGAUACGGCAGCGGAGGACAGGGUUCCUGAGAGGGGAGAGGAAGAGGAGUCAACGCCAACUGCAAACCCUGAGGUCCAAAGCCAAGAGAACAACCAGUUAUCUGAUACUGGGCAAGGGCAAGACCACAGCAGCAACCCCUCAGAGCCAGACAAUGAAGCGUCAAUGAACCAGCCCCAGUCCACUCCCUGCAGUCCUGUGCGAACCAUUCAGGAGCUGCAUCCCAAACUGUCGUCCAGUCCACCUCGCUCCAGCCCCCUCCGCUCAGCCGGACCGGUGUACUCCUUCAAAAAAGCUCAGCUGCAGCUCAGUGCCAGGAAGAAGAAACAGUGUCUCUAUCGCAGCGUGAUCUCGGACAUCUUCGACGGCUCCAUCCUCAGUCUGGUCCAGUGUUUAACCUGUGACCGGGUCUCUACUACAGUGGAAACCUUCCAAGACUUGUCCCUCCCUAUUCCUGGGAAAGAGGACUUGGCCAAGCUCCACGCAUCCAUACACCAGAACCUUCCAGUCAAGACAGGCUUGAAUCCCGACAUUUAUGGCUCGCAGGGCUGGAUCUCCUUCCUAAUGGACUCCAUACGCCGGUUCGUAGUCUCGUGUAUCCCCACUUGGUUCUGGGGGCCCAUGGUGACGCUGGAGGACUGCCUCGCCGCCUUCUUUGCUGCAGAUGAACUCAAAGGGGACAACAUGUACAGCUGUGAGAGAUGUAAAAAGUUGAGAAAUGGUGUCAAAUAUUGCAAAGUACUUAGACUUCCCGAGAUUCUGUGCAUUCACCUGAAGCGCUUCCGGCACGAGGUCAUGUAUUCGUUCAAGAUUAGCAGUCACGUGUCCUUCCCGUUGGAGGGCCUCGACAUGCGGCCUUUCCUGGCCAAAGACAGUCCGUCCCAAGUCACCACUUACGAUCUGCUGUCGGUCAUAUGUCACCAUGGCACUGCAGGAAGUGGGCACUACAUAGCUUACUGUCAGAAUGUGAUCAAUGGCCAGUGGUAUGAGUUCGAUGACCAGUAUGUGACGGAGGUCCAUGAGACGGUGGUGCAGAAUGCAGAGGCCUACGUGUUGUUCUAUAGGAAAAGUAGCGAGGAGUCGGUGAGAGAGAGGCAGAAGGUUGUGGCUCUGGCCAACAUGAAGGAGCCCAGCCUGCUGCAGUUCUACAUCUCCAGAGAAUGGCUGAACAAGUUCAACACCUUCGCCGAACCAGGACCCAUCAGCAACCACACGUUUCUCUGUCAGCACGGAGGGAUCCCACCUAAUAAAUACCACUACAUAGACGACCUGGUUGUGAUUGUUCCCCAGAACGUGUGGGAGUACCUUUACAACAGUUUUGGAGGCGGCCCCGCAGUCAACCACCUGUAUAUGUGUGCCAUCUGCCAGGUGGAGAUUGAAGCUCUGGCUAAACGCAGGAAAACAGAAAUAGACACCUUCAUCAAGCUGAACAAAGAGUUUCAGGCUGAAGAGGCUCCGACGGUGAUCCUGUGCAUCAGCAUGCAGUGGUUCAGAGAGUGGGAGAGUUUUGUGAAGGGCAAAGACAAUGAGCCACCUGGGCCCAUCGACAACAGUAAAAUCUGUGUUAUGAAAGGAGGGCACAUACAACUCAAGCAAGGUGCAGACUAUGGUCAGAUCUCGGAGGAGACGUGGCAGUACUUGUUGGGUAUUUAUGGCGGAGGCCCUGAGAUCGCAGUGAGACAGACCGUGGCACCGGCUGACCCGGACAGCCUUCAUGGAGAAAGGAAGAUCGAGGCAGAAACCAGAGCACUUUGAGAAAAAACAGAGGUCUUCUGAUUCCCCUUUUCCACUCCUGCCCUCGCAGGAACCUGAGGAAUUUGCACCUUGGUGAAGAAGCCUCGUCGUGAGCACUUUGUAAAUGUAGCAAGGCACUAUUCUGAAGCCGUGUCGCAAGAGGGCGAAGCGGUACUUAAAUAUCACGUAGUUUAUUUAUUGAAUAACUCUGAUCCUUAAUGUUAAGGUGUAAAAAAAAAAAUAAAACGUUGUGUCACA